ACAAAAGAGCUGAGUGUUGUGGCUAAAACCUCUGUCGGCGCCUCGCUGUUCGCCAGCAACAUCGGAAGUGAGCACUUCAUCGGACUCGCCGGAUCCGGCGCCGCUUCCGGCAUCGGAAUCGCCUGCUUCGAACUGCACGCAAUGUUCACCAUGAUCGUGCUGGGCUGGGUCUUUGUUCCGGUGUACCGAGCAAGCGGGGUUUUCACCAUGCCGGAGUACCUGAGGAAACGCUUCGGGGGUCAACGGAUCCGGGUGUACAUCUCGUGUCUGGCUCUCAUGCUCUACGUCUUUGUCAAAAUAUCGGCAGACUUGUACGCAGGAUCGAUUUUCCUAGACCAGGCCUUUGGCCUGAAGCACUGGUACAUUUCAGUACUGAUCCUGCUCUUGAUUGCUGGAGUGUUCACAAUGGCUGGUGGACUCGCAGCCGUAAUUUGGACUGACCUCGUGCAGGCCAUCAUCAUGAUUCUUGGAGCCUUCAUCGUCAUGGUCAAAAGUUUCAUUGCUGUUGGGGGUUAUUCCCAGUUGGUGGAGCGCUUCUUCCAUGCCCAAGCAGAUAACGCGGCUUGGGACCCUUUGAAGAACAUGACUUGUGGCCAACCCCCAAGCUAUGCCAUGCACUUGCUCAGGGACUCCACUCCAGGCAAAUCGGAUAUCCCAUGGAGUGGGAUUGUGUUUGGACUUCCCAUAUCUGCCAUUUGGUAUUGGUGCUCAGACCAGGUGAUAGUGCAACGAGUCCUGGCCUCCAAGAACAUGAUCCACGCCAAGGGCGGCUGUCUCAUCGCCGCCUACCUCAAGUUCCUCCCGCUCUUCCUCCUGGUGUUUCCCGGCAUGGCGGCCCGGGUUCUGUUCCCGAACCAGGUCGCCUGUGCUGACCCAGUCACGUGCGAAGAGUUCUGCGGGAACCGCAAGGGUUGCUGGAACAUUGCGUACCCGUACUUGGUGAUAGUGCAACGAGUCCUGGCCUCCAAGAACAUGAUCCACGCCAAGGGCGGCUGUCUCAUCGCCGCCUACCUCAAGUUCCUCCCGCUCUUCCUCCUGGUGUUUCCCGGCAUGGCGGCCCGGGUUCUGUUCCCGAACCAGGUCGCCUGUGCUGACCCAGUCACGUGCGAAGAGUUCUGCGGGAACCGCAAGGGUUGCUGGAACAUUGCGUACCCGUACUUGGUCAUCAACCUCUUGCCUGCGGGGUUGCGAGGGCUCAUGUUGGCUUGCAUGAUGGCCGCCAUCAUGAGCUCUUUGACGUCCAUCUUCAAUUCCUCCUCCACUGUCUUCACUAUUGAUAUUUGGAGACGGUUCCGAAGGACCUGUUCCGAGGCUGAGCAGCUCAUCGUCGGCAGACUAUUCGUGUUGGGCUUGGUGUCGCUCAGCAUUUUGUGGAUCCCUGUGAUCAUGAGUUCCAAAGGAAGCCAACUCUUUCAUUACAUGCAAAGCGUAACGAGCUUCUUGGCACCACCGAUUUGCGCCAUUUACGUCCUGGGAAUAUUCGUCCCACGCGUCAACGAGAAGGGAGCAUUCACUGGUUUAAUGGUCGGACUCGCGGCCGGGAUUUUCCGAUUCGUUCUCGAAUUCAUGUACACCGUCCCACCCUGUGGUUCAGAUCCGCGACCAGAUUUCGUCAAGAUUUUCGUGGGAAAAGUUCACUUCCUGCAUUUUGGAUUGGCUCUUUUAUUUUUCAAUAAAAAGGGCAUAAAAAGACUGUUCGUGUUGGGCUUGGUGUCGCUCAGCAUUUUGUGGAUCCCUGUGAUCAUGAGUUCCAAAGGAAGCCAACUCUUUCAUUACAUGCAAAGCGUAACGAGCUUCUUGGCACCACCGAUUUGCGCCAUUUACGUCCUGGGAAUAUUCGUCCCACGCGUCAACGAGAAGGGAGCAUUCACUGGUUUAAUGGUCGGACUCGCGGCCGGGAUUUUCCGAUUCGUUCUCGAAUUCAUGUACACCGUCCCACCCUGUGGUUCAGAUUAUUCGGGU